AUGGCAGCCUCUAACCGCCAGCAAGAAGGGAUUGUCUCUGACAGCAGCAUCAGAGACUGUUGCGUCAACAGAUUCGGUGAUGCUACCGGCCAGGAAACCUAUGACCUCUUUGUGCCCCAAGACGAUAUUGACUCGUUAACUGAGAGGGACAGGGUGGAACUCACAUUGAAAGAUCAGCUCCAGCUUAACAUGGCUCAAGAUGUUCUCGAAUUGACGGAGUACGUCGUAAAAAAGGCCACGAAAGUGUUCCUACUCCUCAUUUACUGCGACGCUAUCGACCACAUCCAGGAUCUUCAAAAGGCCGAUUUCACAAAUAACGAUCUUCCUUUGUUCGAGAAGCCAUACCGUGGUGGCUCCGGAGUAUCCAUGCACAAGUGGCGCCUCAACGAUGACGCCUCGACGUAUGCAGAGGAGCAAAUCCUGUCCUGCUUUUCGACCUGGCCUGAAUCCAAACUUGACGACUUCCUUCGCAAGCAAUGGGUUUUCCUAGCUCCAGCGUUCACAAAAGACAAGUUCGACUAUGUGUUCUAUCCCCCGUCUCCCCUCCCUUAUCUGUCUACACAGGCUCCUGGCAAAUCAGCAGGUGGAGGGCACUUUGGUACCAUAAAGAGGUGCGGCCUCCACAACGGACAUCACGACCAUCAGAGUCUGUUUGAAGGUGAAGAGACCGAGCCGCAUGUCAAAGUUGCUGUGAAGAAGUUGAACGAACGCGACUCACCGGACACAGACGUCAACAGGUUCUACGUCAAAGAAAGAGAUACCCUUGAGAAAAUGAGGCGACUGGAUCAUCGCCAUUUGAUCAAGGCCAUUGCUGCAUACAAAAAGGGGUUUGAUCGGUACUUCGUGUUCCCGUGGGCACAGGGGGGCAGCCUUCGAGACCUCUGGCAAACUAACGUCAGCCUUGAUGGAGACCUGGUCUCUUGGGCCAUUGACCAAAUGGCAGGCCUCUCCGAUGGCCUCAGGCAGCUACACAAGAGGCACACUCGCCAUGGCGACCUCAAACCAGAAAACAUACUUUGCUUCACAUCUGGCAACGGCAGUCCUCAUCAGGGGACUUUGGUGCUUGCCGACGUCGGCCUCGCAAAGUACCACCCCGAGUACACCCGGGACCGGACCAAACAUACGACUACUCGACACGGGACGAAGAUCUAUGAGCCGCCUGAGAUGUUCACAAACCAAGGAAAUGGCCCCGUAUCACGGAAAUAUGACGUAUGGAGCCUGGGAUGCGUCUUCCUGGAGUUCACCAUUUGGUUGCUGUAUGGUCGAAGCGGCCUUGCCUCGUUCCGCCAAAAACUCUUCCAAGAUCACAGGGCCGAGGGAUUUUGGGAGACUGAAUCUACUCAAAAGCCUAAAAUACACCAAGAUGUUGAGGAUGAGAUCAACAAGAUACUAACCGAAGAUCUCAAAGCUGAUUCGGCACUCCGGGACAUGGUUAAAUUGAUCGUCAAACUACUUCUAGCCCCUAUGAUAGUGGAACGCGCGACUACCAAGGCCUUUCUUCCUGAACUCAAUGCCAUCAAGGGGAAUUGUUCAAAUACUCAAUACCUGUUCAAUUCCGAGCUCCAGGAACUAGCAAGGCGCAGGAGCGAGUCAGACGCUAAUGUGGUCGAUGAAAUACAACAUCCUUCGAGAGAAUACCCGCGCACGAGCUUGCUUCGUGACCAGUGGCAAAAUGUGGCAGACAAUGAAACUGCACGCACCCUCAUCUCGCGUCUCGGUUGGCCUUCCUUACACCCAAAGACUGAUACAUCGAGAUUCUGUCAUUCUUGCGCUGCUCUGGACUUUCAACUGCCAACCUUGGACUUACAUCGCAGCAUUCAAGAGUUGGGCAGUGGCCCGGACGACUGCUCGCUCUGUCACUUCUUGUUCAGCUGUCUUGUAAAAGUCAAGCCCACCCCUGACGAGCCAGUGAGGCUGUUCCGGGACGAUGCCUCGCAUACACUUCGAGUCCUUCCUAGCGCUUCUCCCAUAAUAUCCAUCUAUUUUGACCCAGUCUCUAGAGACACUCCUCCAUCAUACGCCCAGCUCGGCCUACCGAUUCUUCCUGAGCGAGGUAGCCAACGGCAAUUCAGUCUUCUGAAUGAGUGGAUAAACUUGUGUGAUACGAACCAUGACUGCACCUCUGUUCAGGAGCACGAGGGAAGCAUCGAUAGUAUGCCUACCAGAGUCCUUCAUGUCGGUACAGUUGAGAAUCCUUGCCUCCGACUUGUGGAGACUGGGGACAGUAUCAGGGACAAGUAUAUCGCCCUGAGCCAUUGUUGGGGGAAACUUUCAGAGGACCAGAAGUUUACCACGUCUGCCGGCAAUCUCGACGAUCGCAAGCAAGAAAUUCCGUUCGAUGAAAUGCCAAAAAGCUUUCAGGAUGCGGUGAGAGUCACUCGUAAUCUUGGUGUUUCAUACCUCUGGAUCGACUCCCUCUGUAUCAUUCAAGGAGACGAAGCAGACUGGGAGGUAGAGUCUGCCAAGAUGGAAGAGGUUUUCAACUCGGCAUAUUGCACCAUCGCUGCUAGUUCCGCAGAGUCCUCACUAGUUGGGUUUCUCGGGGAAAGAACACCGAGAGCUUACGCCACUAUCCAAACUUCCCAGGGACCCGUAAUAUAUCUUGCCGAGGCAAUCGACAAUUUCCAGGGGCAUGUCGAGCAAAGUGUUCUAAAUAGUCGUGGUUGGGUGCUACAGGAAAGAGCACUUUCUCGACGCACCAUUCAUUUCACAUCGACUCAGGCUUAUUGGGAGUGCGGACAUGGCAUUUACUGCGAGACCCUGGCUCAGCUACGGAAUCCACAAUCGCAGUUUCUCGGUGACUCCAGUUUCCCAAAUCUUGGGCUGCAGUACUACAAGGAUGAGCGGAUUCGACUUGUGCAGCACCUAUAUCGAGUCUACUGCGCACUUCAGCUCACAAACCCCGCCGAUCGAUCCAAGGCGAUUCUGGGUUUGCAGAAACGGCUCUCUCGGACCUUCAAAUCUCGGGCAGAUUACGGGGUCAUCUAUGGCUACUUUGAGAGGACCAUCCUUUGGCAAGCCAAGACCCCGAAUAGCUUGUCUCGUAUACCGUAUGGAGACGAGAGGGCUGUGCCAUCUUGGUCAUGGAUGGCGUGUACCGGGGAAAUCCAGUACAUGGAUAUUCCCUUCCGCCAAGUCAGCUGGACGGGAAAUCCUACGAACCCUAUUGAGAACGUACCAGAAGGUGCGGAAUGGGAUGGAGAACUGACCGCUGAAGCAAGUCAGCUCUUGAUUGGUAGAAAUGAGCUCUUGAGUAGAGCCGUCAUUGACUGCAGAACGUACACGUUUGACUCGGUCACUUGGCGAUGUGUUGUGGUUGGCAAGAGUAAGAUGGCAGACGAGCAUGGCAAUAUCGUUCAUUACGUGUUAUUGAUCCGACCAUUGGGAGGACCGGCUCAGGUCUACGAAAGGGCUGGAGUUGGUAAACUUCUGGACACACAAAUCUCGAAGGGAACCACAAAGGUGUAUCUGAGGUAG